AUGGAUUCAGAAGCUGAAACUUCACAAACCCAUAUGAGGAUUAAGACUCAGCUAUGCAGAAGAUUCAUGCAAGGAACGUGUCCUCUUGUUGCACCCCAAUGCAACUAUGCACAUGGCUACCACGACCUCAGAACAGCAACAGGACCAAGACUAUGUAGAAUGUUCAUGCACACCAGACAUUGUAGCUAUGGAAACAACUGUCGUUUCCUUCAUGCAACUCCUCCUCUACCUCUUCAUCAUGUUCAUCCUCAGCAGCAGCAGCAUGAGAACAUCAACUUCUCUUUUCCACAACCACAACCAGGGAUAAUGCAAAAUACAGAAUGCAGGAUCAUGCAAACUUCUGCUGCUGCUACAACUAAUGGCCACUCUUCUGCACAAAACAACACAACGCAAUCACAAACUUUUAGCUCUACUCCUGCUAGAAAUACCUCAGCCAUCACAGUGGCAACUACCUCUUUACAUAAGAAUGGACCCUAUGCUGGUAAAUCCUUAUCUGACAUAAACACAAUGCAAAGGGUCAUUCGUCUCUAUGCUGAUUGGAUUUAA